UGAACAUAGUGGGUAAUGUUAAUAGGCAGGUAGGAAUGCAGAUGUGCAUGCUUGCACAGAAGCACAUGCACACACAGCUGCGUGGUUACAGAGUUGUGUUCUUGGCAGAGUUCUAGUGGGGCUAUUCCUAACAUGAAAAUAAGAAGCUAGUUUUUACAUUCAGGCACUUGAAGUUGAUAAAUUUUUACUUUUAAAUAAAGAAAAAAAAUAGUGUAUUUAAUAGUUUCAUCAGGUAAAUGAAGCCAUGUUUUUUGAAGCAGGAAAGAAAGCCUGAUGCCAGUGAUUUGUACAAAAGCAUAUUGGAAAUGGUGUCGUGUUGUAGCAGGUUGUGUAAUUGUUUUUUAUCAGAAAAGCAGUAUAGGUGUGGCAGAGAUCAAGUACCACUGUAAACUUGCGUUCAGUCCACAUAAUACCCUCCAGAAUAACAUAACCUUGUGAAGCAGAAGUCUGCGUGGUAUUCGAGCGAGAAAAUCCAAAAGAACAGACUUUUCAUGAAUGGUAAUGCAAUAGAAAAUAGUCUUGGAGGUAUUGUGUAGGCAUAAAUGUAUGGUGUGAAUAAUAAUUACCUGAUUGUUUGUGAUUCACAUACAGUUUGGAAGAACUAAAAUGUCUGGCCAAAAUGUCUUUCAAUAACCCAGCAUCCGUAAAGCAAACCCUGGCUCCCCAGGAAUAAUCCAUUAGCAAACUCCAGAGGUUCAGUUAGCCUUGCACAUAUUUUGGCUAGCAGAAUAGUAAGUACAUAUAAAAUAUGUAUACAGAUAAUGAGUGGACUUGGACAUUAAGAAACACACUGUAUUGUAGAUUAUGUGUCAUUUUAAUGAGCUCAGCAUUCAUACACCAUUUUGAAAAAUAGUUACUGUAUAGUGUAAGCACUCCAACUGUGAUCAAUUGGAGUGCUUCCAGUCCCUGGGUUAUUUAUUGGAGGUUCAGAGAGAACUGAUGGGUUAAAAAUGCUUUCUGUGCUCAUUACCAUCUGAAAAUAUUAUGUUUUCCAUACAAGCAAUUGCUGUAGUGCCCCAGGGAAGUAGUGUGAUAGGGCUGGGAAGGCACAUUUCUCUUUGGCAAGAACAUUUUGGAAAGCUGCUAUUCUGUAUGUCCAUGUUGCUUAUAUUAGGUUACACAUGAAUGAUCACACACAGAUAUUUUUUCUCCCAGUACUUCAUGAAACAAUCUAUAGGAAGCAUAAGAACAUGCUGGUUUUAAGCAUUAAAAAGAGUCAUUCAUUUAAAUUAGAAAUAAACAAAAUAGUUUCUCUUACACCCAAAAAUUAACACUGGUGAAUUAGCCUUGAGGUGAGCAUUGGGACUGCUUCUUUACUGAGCUUUAUUGAAAUAGAAACUGCAAAGUAAAUUCCAGUAAGUAGCCAUUUUAUAUAUAGUGGCAGCUAAAAAUAUGAUUAUUUCUGUUCUUGAAGUAAAUGGGACUCUGCUGAAAGCCAAUAUACCUGAACUUGACUCGCUCCUCUCUGCGGAGGGAUGCUCUGUGACUGCUGCUCUGACCAUGCACACAUGACAGUGUCUGCAACCAGCAGCUUUUUCAAAGAGGGCUGGCAAAAGCGAAGGGAGCACAAUGAAUUGUGGUCGGUGGUACUAUACUAAAUGUAGCUGCGACAAGAUGCAUUUUCCUGCAAGGAAAGGAAAAGAGUCUGUCCCCUGCAAGGUAGCAGUUUCAUUCCUUUGAUCAUGUGGAUAUACCAUGCUCCAUGGUUUGUGUGCUUAACACUUGGCAUUGUGUUCUUUUUUAGCUGUCAGCCUCGGUAAAAUGUUGACAAGGCACAUAUGCUGGUACAUGGCCGUUCUCACUUACCAUCUAAAGAUUAUGGCCAGUAUGAUGAAAGUUCUGAUCCUCCUUCAGACAGCAAACGUGCUCCAGCCAAGCAUACCUCAAGCCGCAGGAGUUCAGGUUUUCCCACCUGUUAACUUCACCCUUACAGUCUCCGCAUUAGCACAAGUACUUUUACAGUGGAAACCAAACCCUAAUCAGGAACAAAAAAACUACACCAUUAGAUAUGAUGUGAAAAUCCUAAGCCCUGUGCCUGAGGAGUAUGACACAAAGAAGACUCACAGUAUCCAAACAGCUGCACUUCACAAUGGUUUCUCCGCACAAGUUCGAACGUUACUUCUCCACAAAGACCUUCAGAUGAGAAGUGACUGGGUGAAGGAAGAACUCCCACCACUGCCAGGUGCUCCAGAGACAUCUGUCACUAAUUUGUCCUGUGUUACCCGCAUCACUGUUUCUAGUGCUGUUUCUCUUCAUUGUACUUGGCUUCCUGGCCAAGGGGCACCAGAAGAUACCAAAUACUUUCUAUUUUACAGGUAUGAGAUGUACACUGAAGAAUGUCAAGAUUAUAGCAAAGACAAGUGGAACAGGAAUACUGAGUGCAGAUUUUCAGUGACUCAUAUUGAUCCUGAAGAGAUUGACAAUGUCAUUGUAAUACACAUUAAUGGGUCUAGCAAGUACGAUGCAAUCAAGCCUUCUCAGCAGUUAUUUAAACAAAAUGCCAUUGAGAAAGUGAAUGUUCCCAGAAAUGUCACUGUAUUCUUAGAGCAAAAUGAUCUCCUAGCCACAUGGGAGAAGCCAUUUUCUCCUUUCCCUGAAGUGUGUUUUGAAUAUGAAUUUUACCUCUUCAACUUGAAGUCAGGUAACAAGCAGAUAUUGAAAAUAUCCUCAAAUUACUUCAGAUUACGGAUUGAUGUUACUAGCAGGUAUUCUAUACAGAUAAGAGCUAAUCAUCACAUAUGUUGUACAAGAGGAUUUUGGAGUGACUGGAGUGAAAUUAUUUACGUUGGGCAAAACAAACAUGAGGAUUCCAUAGCCUGGAUUCUCUCAGUGCUUUGUGUGUCCAUGUGCUGCACAUUCCUGCUUGUUGCUAUAAUAUGCAAAAUAAACCACGUAUGGAGUAAAGUGUUUCCACCAAAUCCAACACCCAGCAACAAAUUCAGAGAUCCCUUCCCAAAUGACUACCAGCGAGCACACACCUGCACCAGCGAGACGGAGACCGAGUUCGGCAGCUUCACAGAAGAUCUCUACUGCAGCCCCCUCGAUGACUCGGUCUUCUGAGAGGCUGCGUGGCCCUGGCACGUCACCCAGCAUCACUGGAGUGGGCUUCACAUCGCCUCCGCUGCGGUGGUGUUUCCUGCGGGGGGCAAGGACUUGUGCCCAUGAGGUGCCCUGUGUAACGAUAAGCUACUGAACAAAAAGUCCCAGUUUAAGCAGGAUAUAAGUACACGGUACAAGGGCUGUGUUGGAAGAAAAAAAAAAUCUGGAAAAGAGCUAGUGGCUUUUUUUCCUGGUUGACAGCUUAAUCUUUUGGAUUUUUGUUUUGUUUUAAAGAACUCUGACAAGGCAAGACGCAAAAUGCAAACUGGGACUUGGUGCAGUCCAGUGUAUGGCAGCAAGGUAACCAGCCAUGGUCCCCGGCAGUGACCAAAGUGCAUCAAAGACGAGGAAAAGAAUAAAACAAGCUGUAGAGCAUCCCAGUGCUGUCAUCCCCAGUGCUGCAUGGCUAUAGCAAAUCCAUCAUGCAAGUGAGGGCCCACACCAAUCCGCUUUGUAAUGAAACAGUGUGAAUUCAGCCGACAGCCUGAAUAACCCCCACGGAAAUGCAGCUCAUGGGUAAGGGAGGCAGCUGUGCGUGUGCGAGCCAUGCAGCCAGCCCCCUGCCGCGUGGGGACUGCCCAAACGGCACGAGGGCCUGGCUGCACCCGACAUGGCAGCACCUGCUGGUGCUGCAUGGAGGUACCUACAUCUUGCUUUUCACAUCAACGUAGCAUCAACUUUGGAUGUGGGGAAACGGCUGUCUUCAGUGGCAGGACUUUAUAAAAUCCAAAAGACUAUUUCAGAAAAGGUCGGUUUGCAUAUGCCACUGAUGUACAAUUGCUACUUCUGUGCGUGAAGCCCCCACCUUGCCUCGCUGCUUUUGCACACAUGGGUAGCGCAUCGCCUUGCUGUUUGUGUGCGCACACCCGGUGCCUCGCUGCCACGGGCACAGCGCCCAGAAUCUCGGAGUCUGUGUGUGUGGCAGGUCUUGCAGGUGGCUUGGGGUGCUACGUGGGUCGUGUGCACUGCGGGCCUGCGAGGAACCACAUUGAAACAGUAAAUUCCCAGCCUGGGGACUGAAAACUAGUUGGGUAAAUAGCUAUGAAAUGUUGCAGGAAAACUGACAGUUCCGUGAUAUUGGUAAAAUUGCUUAAGCUUGCGUAGUUUCGCUGCCGUGCAGGCACUCGACUGCUGAUGCCCUGGUGCCUGCUGCCACCUCUCCUCCGGUGUCCUGACUGUCCAGCAUGCAACACAGUCCUUGCUGUUCACUUCUCUCCUGCCUUGCGGAAGUUUAGUUUUUCUUCAGGUUAUUUUCUUCCUUCUUGUAGGAUCUGUACAGUUUGCAGAACAAAGUAAGCAUUUUUAAUAUCUUGGCUCCCCUGGGGCUUAAACAUCACCAGCUUUUGGCUGUGUGAAGCUGGUGGAGCUGUGAUGGCUGAUGCCUGCAGGGGGAUCAGGGCGGCUGGCCAAGACUGCAACCUGGGUGCGGCGAGACCCCAAUUUCAGUAUGAAGCAAGAGCUUCACCUGUGCUUCUUACUCUCCCUUCUUCUGCACUCCGGCAUGGGGGGGCUUUGAAAGAGCAUCUGUCCACACACCCGGUGCUCACUGGCCACAGGACAGGGGGGAGGCAUGGAAGGCUCACGGCUGACUCCUUCUCAGUCUAGGGCUCUUUUGCAGACUCUUGGAUUUGGCAUCAGCUGACAGCAUCUGCAAAAGGACACGAAGGGACUGUUUGUGCUUCCUGGCACAAAAGAUAAAAGCUGAAGUGGGGGAGAGGCAAAACGGUACAAACUGAUAUACUUCCUACAAAACAGAACACAGCUUGGGAAUGCAGAGUUUUCAACUGUGCAGUAAUUAAAAAAUGUGCCCAGGACUUCCCGGUGCUUUUCAGCAGCUUUCUGAGCCACAAGGAGCUGGGCUCCUCCUUCACGUGGAGCUUCAGCUGCCUUCAGAUCAUUCUGAAAACCCAAGCCCGAUACUGCAGCCUGUUUUUCUUUGCUAUCUGUUGCUCCAUCUUCAGUGAGCUGGGUUUGAGACAGCGUUGGGUUCUGUUUGUGUUUUAUUAACUUACAUGGUGUAAUCUGCUGCACGAGUUACCAAAUAAACCUCCUGCCUGAAACCA